AUCAGAGUACAACGUAUAUAUCCUAUUUAAUUUUUCUCUCUCUGAGGCUCACCAGUCUUUCCAGUUCUUCUUCCAAGUGUGUCCUGCCCUCUUCUUCUCUCAUAGGGUGAAAACACACUAAACCACCAAGAUGUCAGAAAAAAAGAUGACCUCCAGCCGUAGGCAUCAUCUGAAGAGCCUGGUGCUCUCCAUUGCCUUCGGUCUCAUGGAAGCUGAAGCCAAGCAGAUUGCUGCUGAUAAGGAGGCUUACAUGAGCGAACACUGCCCUGCUCUGGAUAUGCCUGGAUCCCAGCAAGACCUGCAGGAACUGUGCAAGAAGCUGCACCAACAGAUUGACAAGGUUGAUGAGGAGAGAUACGACUUGGAGGCAAAGGUUGCCAAGACAAACAAGGAGAUUGAGGAUCUGAAGAUCAAGGUGGUCGACCUGAUCGGCAAGUUCAAGAAACCCGCAUUGAAGAAAGUGCGCAUGUCUGCUGACGCUAUGCUUCAGGCUCUGCUGGGCUCCAAGCACAAGGUCUCCAUGGAUCUUAGAGCCAACCUCAAACAAGUCAAGAAGGAGGUCAAAGAAGAGUCUGCAGAACAAGUUGGCGACUGGCGUAAGAACAUCGAGGAUAAGGCUGGUAUGGACGGCAGGAAGAAGAUGUUUGAGUCCGAGGCUUAAGAUGUAUCAUGUUUGUUCUCCCUUAUGUCUUACAUUUUCUCUGCCAAACAUCUUUCUAUCCUGUGAACCUCCCGUUCCAAUAAAAAUAUUUUUCCUGGACUAUUUUGCACAUUGUACAUUGUCCCAGUGUUGAAUGGCAUGGCAUUAAAGAUUAGUAUAUUCA